GUUGAGUUUAUAUUUAUGCUAUAAUCUAAUUCUUAUUUACACUAUUUAUUUUAUGAAGUUUUUCUUUAAUGAUUUUAAGACCAACUUGAUGUGCCACACAGGAAUGAAUCUACAAACACUACAUUCUCAUAGAAACAUCGUUUCAAUCUAAAUGAUCACUCGGUGUUUGGUUUGAAUUUUAAAAUAUUUAAUUAACAGUAAUGGCUAUUGUUACUGUUCGUUUUACGGAUUUUUCUUAUUUGAAGUUUCAGAUUAAGAACCAGAAGAUAUGAAAAGAGUAUUUUCUCUGCUGAAUUUUUUCAGAAAUGUUUCAUUUAGACAUUAUAUAAAGAGGUCUAUGGGUGCUGCUAUUCCAUUUGGUCUUGAUUUGAGUUCUCAUUCCAAGGAAAGCCCCUCUCUUUGGAAAGAAAAGGAGAAACCAUUCAAUGUGUAUAGUGCAAAAAAUAGUUGUUUUUUAAUACAAAAAGAAAUGGUCGUCCUAAUGCAACUUGGCAACAAUUCAUUAGUUUGCAGCGGGCAAAUGCCAUAUACCCUGCUCAGAUCUCUCAUGCUAACAAUUUACAAGGGAUGAUAAUUGUGAAUGGGUUAUGGUUGAACAACUUGCAUCAACAGAAGCAAAUUUACUUCGACAGAUCAAUCUUGGAUAAACAAAGUACUUUUGUUUAC